UGUGCCUUUUUUAGGAUAAGUAAACAAAAUUUUUGUGUCGAACUCGAACGUUCUUUUUGACACUAUUUAAAUAUAUGUAUAUAUAUAUAUAGCCGGAAAUGGGCAUCAUAAAACAAUAUGUGGCGGGCACAGCGGCAUCCCUUGGUGCCUUCUGUUUGGGCACCUCGAUGGGAUGGUCGGGACCCGUGCAGCUGUCCAUCCUCUCGGGUGAGGCAUACAGGUUUCCGGUCAGUGCCGAUGAAUGGAGUUGGACGGCCUCGUUGUUAACCCUUGGAGCUGGUUGCAUCUGUGUUCCAAUUGGAUUCCUGAUUACGGCAUUUGGUCGAAAGAUGAUAAUGCUGGUGCUGGUGUUUCCCUACCUGUUGGGCUGGUCCCUUAUCAUAGGAGCCUAUUCCGUAGGUAUGCUAAUGGCUGGACGCUUCCUAAUGGGCUUUUCGGGUGGCUCCGCUUGUGUCACAGUUCCCAUCUACACAACCGAAAUUGCCGAGAUUAAGUCCCGUGGAAUUAUGGGCUGUUUUUUUCAAUUAUUUUUUGUGCUUGGCGUUUUGUAUAGCUUCAUCUUUGGCAGCCUGCUCGAGAUGAAAACCUUUAAUAUCCUGUGCGCCAUAGUGCCAAUGAUCUUCUUUGUGGUAUUCCUGUGGAUGCCCGAAUCACCCGUUUAUCUGGUGCAAAUGGGCAAAUCCGACAAGGCGGAGAAAGCAUUGAAAUGGCUACAUGGCAAUGAUGCGGAUAUCAGUGGAGAGAUGUCCGCCAUGGCAGCUAUGGGCAAAAAGGAGAAUGUAUCCUUCUUACAGGCUCUGUCCAGGAAGACGACACUCAAAGGAUUAUUUAUAGCAAUAAUGCUGUUGGUAUUCCAACAGUUUACGGGCAUCAAUGCGAUUCUCUUUUAUGUGACCAGUAUUUUCGAGAAUGCCGGCACCGGAUUAUCACCCUCAACAUACACAAUCAUUAUUGGACUGGUCGCAGUUGUGGCCACAAUUCCAUCGAUGGUGCUUGUGGAGAAAGUUGGUCGCAGCAUUUUACUAAUUAUUUCGGGUGGAUUGAUGUGCCUGACCACCUUCACAAUGGGUGUAUAUUUUAGGUGGCUCAAGGAUUCAAAUGUCGGCUGGCUGCCUGUGUUGGCCAUCUGUUUGUUCAUCAUUGGAUUGCAGUUGGGUUAUGCCCCUGUUCCCUGGCUAAUUAUGGCCGAGCUCUUUGCGGAGGAUGUGAAGCCAAUUUGUGGUGCAAUUGUUGGCACCUGCAGCUGGCUGUUUGCCUUCUGUGUGACCAAAUUGUUUCCCAUGUGUUUGCAUCAUUUAGGUUCCGCUGCCACCUUUUGGGGAUUCGCAUUCGUCUCUUUGUUAUCUUGUGUCUUUGUUAUUUUUGUGCCGGAGACAAAGGGCAAAACUUUGGAUGAAGUUCAACGAAUGCUCGGAGGAAACUGAUCUUGAGAAAUUAUAUAUGUAAAAUGAUGAUAAAUCCUGCUUUUAGAGAUUAUUAUUAAGGGAGCGCUAUAUUGACUAUAUUCACCUUUUAUGGAAGGACUAGAAACAUUUGUAGGAUGUGUAUUCAAUAUAAUAAGAAAACGGAUAACAAUUCCGUUAUUGAAAUAAUGUUCGUUUGGAUUACUUCUCAUGAUAUAUAUUUGAACUACACUCGUAAGUAUGUGGAGAGAUGGCCUGCAAUGGAAUGUAUAAAGGAGAAAGAAGUCUUUGGCGAGCGGAAUAUAUUUUUAUGUGUCAAUAAUCGUUCUUAUCUCGGAUUUAACUAUCACCUCGAAAAUAUUGAUUGCUUUUGGUGUCUAUUAACGGAAAUUAUAUUUUAAUCUGGUGGUAUUAUAGAUAGAUAAUAGGUUAUCAUAAUGUUUUAUUGAUCUAUACAAGCAGCAAAUAUAAUUUAACAGAAUUAACAAUUGAUGUGCAGUUAUCGUGAUAAGUAUGGAAAACUUGAUUAAUAUCGAUAACAGCCGCAUGGCGCUCUCUCUGCAGACAAUGA